AUGAGAGGUGGCGUACGAAACAUCGUCGUCUACUACCAUUUUUACACCUUCUCCUUCUUUCUAGUCUUGACUCUCUUUCGUCCAGCGUUUUCAAUCCAUGUCAAUACUUUGUCACCUACAGAUUCUCUUACAAUCUCAAGCAACAGAACCAUUGUAUCUCCUGGUGAUAUCUUCGAGCUUGGUUUCUUUAAACCUUCCUCGGGCACUUCUCGUUUGUAUCUUGGGCUAUGGUACAAGAAAACCUCCGAGAGAACUUAUGUAUGGGUUGCCAACAGAGACAGCCCUCUCUCCAGUUCCAUUGGAACUUUAAAAAUCUCCGACAGCAACCUCGUACUCCUCGAUCACUCCAACAACACUGUUUGGUCAACGAAUCUCACCAAAAGAGACGUGAGUUCUCCAGUCGUGGCAGAGCUUCUUGCUAACGGAAACUUCGUGAUGAGAUACUCUAACAACAACAACGACACAAGUGGAGUUUUGUGGCAGAGUUUCGAUUAUCCGACAGAUACUUUACUUCCGGAAAUGAAACUUGGUUUGGAUUUUAAAACUGGAUACAACAGAUUCCUAAGAUCUUGGAGAAGUCCUGAUGAUCCAGCGAGUGGUGAUUAUUCGUACAAACUCGAAACUCAAGGGGUUCCUGAGUUUUUUCUAUGGAGUAAAGACGUUCCAGUGUAUCGGACCGGUCCAUGGAACGGAAUCCGGUUUGGUGGUAUACCGGAUAGGCGACAGUUUAAUGACAUGGUUGAUAAUGUCACAAUGAAUAACGAAGAGAUCACAUACACAUUCCUGAUGAACAAGACCAACCACGAUACCUACUCAAGAUUGAGACUGAGUCCUUCAGGACAUUUCCAACAAGAUACGUGGACUCCGCAGUUAACGAACUGGAGCAUGAUAUGGGCUUUGCCAAGAGAUGAAUGCGAUCUGUACAAGGUAUGUGGACCUUACAGUUACUGUGACUACACAAAAAAGCCCUUGUGUGUUUGUAUCCCAGGAUUCAUGCCUAAGGACCCUCGUACGUGGGAGUUGAAUGACUGGUCAAACGGAUGCGUGAGGAAGACGGAACUAAGCUGUCGCGGAGAUAUGUUUUUAGGGCUAACGAGAAUGAAGUUGCCGGAUACUAGAACUGCGAUUGUGGACCGAAGUAUUGGGGAGGAGGAAGAAUGUAGGGAGAGGUGCAAGAUGGAUUGUAAUUGUACUGCGUUUGCGAAUGCUGAUCUCCGACAAGGCGGGUCAGGUUGCCUAAUGUGGACCGGGGAGCUCAUGGAUAUCCGAAAUGACGCAGAAGAAGGUCAAAAUCUUUACGUCAGAGUAGCGGCAGCUGAUCUUGGUUUACUUAAGAAAAAUAAGUUGUGGUUGAUUAUUACCGGAUUGGAACUUGUUAUGUGUUUAUUUAAGACACAAACAAAUGUAUGGUUUAUUUAA